GUUUUGUCGUUUUCCUUUCCUUUUCUGUUGUUGGGCCCCUUUUUCCUCUAAAAUAUCCAAGUAUUGAUCCAGUUUGGGGUGUUUUUCAGUAUUGAUUAAUCCUAUACAACAAAUUCGCAAGUGCAAUAUGUGGAGAUAAAGCACUUUUUAAUUUUUACAAACUCCUCUUACAAUAAAAUUAUUAAUUGUUCACUCCUAUGGUCAUAGUCAUGGUACUAUUGUGAAUUUCCUAAAUACUCUUUCUGCUAAAUAUAGUACCUCAGGUAUAUAGUUUCUAUGAAUCCUCUUAAGGAACCCUCCCCGCCUGUAACUGCAAUGGCAACCCCAACAAAUAGCAGUGGAAAUUUGGUGGAUGAGUUUGAAGAAGCAUUCCAGACGUGCUUGAAUGUCCUAACAAAAGAAGAAGCAGUCCCCACAACAGACAAAGACGAAAUCAAAGUAGAAGUAGAACACACAAUGCACAGAUUCAUCGAUUUAGCUAGACAAAUGGAAGCUUUUUUCCUCCAAAAAAGAUUCCUCCUCUCGGCGCUCAAGCCCGAAAUGAACGUAAAAGAAGACAUAAACGAAUUACGUCUAGAACUAGUCAGAAAAGAAGAACUGAUCAAAAGGCAUUACGAUAAAAUCGCCAUUUGGCAAAACUUAUUAGCAGACUUGCACACUUACGCUAAAAGCCCGGCGCAAGCUGGCAGCUCCACACCGUCCGGAGCCGGUUCUAGUGGAGCCGCUGGCAGUAGUUCGAUACCGCCGUCGCCGAUAUCCAGUCUUCCGGGCACUCAAACCCCUAACCAAUUGUUAUCCAGCAUGCCUACUUCGAUGCAACAAUUACAGCAACAACAAUUGCAACAGCAACACCAACAAUUGCAGUUGCAGCAACAACAAAUGCAGCAGAUGCAACAAAUGCAACAGAUGCAGGUCCCUCCUGGUUUGAGCGGAGCCAGUGUCGGUCCCGGUAUGUUAUCGCCCCACCAAGCUAUGUUCAUGCAUCAAGGAAUGGGCAGCAGUAGGAGUGGCCCUUUUCCGCAAGGGGGCCCUGGAGGAAUGCUUCAGGGUCCUCUAGCUUACUUGGAAAAGACCACUAGUAAUAUAGACUACGUUGGAGGAAUGACGGAUGGACGCAGGUGACGAGGACGCGGGAGGGGUCGAGGUAGGGGCAGGGGCAGAGGUAGAGGGCGCGGACGUGGAACCUCCGCCCUGCCGCCGGACUAUCUGUCCCCCUAACUUCCCUUCCCGAAGGGUUUUCAAUAGUGCUAGGAACCAUUUAAUUAAUUUCACUUAAGAUAAUUAUUUUAUUCGGUAUAAAAUAGGCAAAUUUAGUUUAUUACCGAAAAAUAAACGUAGAGAAUUGCUAGUAACCAAAGAUUCGUUCCAACAGAGCAACAAUGCAAUUCAGAAUUCAUUAUUUUGUCGAUAUACAAAAAUAUAUAUUAAGAUGAAGGCAAUAUUGUAUCUCAUUGUUUAUGUCUGCUUCAAAAUCAUUAUAAUCAUCAUAAAAGUCAUUUAAUAUCAGAAGGAAUUUCAUGGUUUGGGAGUUGGAAACCACCUAUAUCCUAUUCACAAUCCGUAGUCCAGAUGUAAAGGUAAAUUUAUCACCUUUCCCUAUCAAAUAGCACUGAAAGGUGAUAAAUUUUACCUUUACCUUAGGACAUCGGAUUGUGAAUAAAUAAUAGUCAGAGGCAUAAGCGCAACUAGGCUCCAAAAUGGGGUUUGAUGGAAAGGAAAUGAGACGCGUAAAAAAAAGUUAGUUUCACGAGGGUUUGUACUUACGUCAUCAUUUGCCUUUUUUUCUGAAAAAUAGGUUUUUUUAUGUCUGAAAUUUCAAACGAACAUAUAGUACGUUGCACGGCCACGAAGGUUUUUACUUACGUCAUCGAUGACGUCAUAACUUAGAGAAAAAGUUAAAUCAUAGAUUAAUCCAUAGAUCACCUUCGGAAUUAUUGUUUUGUAAUACAUUUUUUAACUUAGAAUAGAGAUUAUUCAGUUAUCCGAAAAUAUAUAAAUGAAUUUCUGAAAAAUUAAAAUGUAAGAGGUGAAUUUUGCCUAACAAAGUCAAUUUCCCAGAAUAUUUCCUGGAGUGAUUUUCCACUGGAAAAUUUUGAAAUUUUCCUUUAAUGAGCUCCUCGCUUUUCUCUUUCUUCUGGAAAAAUUCCACAAUUUUUCCUUUGCCAGAUUUCUAGAAAAAAAUUAAAAUGUAAGAGAAUGAAUUCUCCUUAAUUUUGCAUAAAAAAAUUAGAAAAGCACAUUCUCGGCCUUCGGUGUUUGCCGGCCUCGGCUACGCCUCGCCUGUCAACUUACACCGUCGGCCGAGAAUGUGUCACUUUUCCACCUAAAUACACAAUAUACUAUAGUUUUUCAAAAUUUUUCCUGGAGUGAUUUUUCACUGGAAAAUUUUGAAAUUUACGUAAAAUGAGCUCCUUAUUUUCCUCUUAUUCCUGGAAAAUUUUCCCUUUGCCAGUUUUCCAGAAAAAAAUUAAAAUGUAACAGGGUGAACUUUCCUUCUUAAUUUUACUUGAAAAAGUCAAUUUUUCAGAAUUUUUCAUGGAGUGAUUUUUCACUGGAAAAUUUUGAAAUUUUCCUAUAAUGAGCUCCUCACUUUUUUUUUUCUUUUGGAAAAAUUCCACAAUUUUUGUUUUGCCAGUUUUCCAGAAAAAAAUUGAAAUGUGAAAGGAUGAAUUUUGCUUAAAGAAAUCAAUGUUCCAGAACUUUCCUCUCGACUUUCCUUGGAGUGAUUUUUCACUAGAAAAUUUUGAAAUUUUCCUCCUCAUUUUCUUCUUUCUCCUGGAAAAAUUUCACAAGUUUUGCUUUAUUAGUUUUCCAAAAAUAAAUUGAAAUGUGAGAGGAUAAGUUUUUCUUAAUUUUACUUGAAAAAGUCAUUUUUUCAGAAUUUUUCCUAGAGCGAUUUUCUAUUGGGAAAUUUUCAAAUUUUCUUAUAAUGAGCUCCUGACUUUCCUCUUUUUUCUCUUUUGCCAGUUUUCCAGAAAAAAAAUUGAAAUGUGAGAGGAUAAAUUUUCCUUAAUUUUACUUGAAAAAGUCAAUUUUCCAGGAUUUUCCCUGGAGUGAUUUAUCACUGAAAAAUUUCGUAAUUUUCCGUAUAAUGAACUCCUCACUUUCCUCUUUUUUCUGGAAAAUUUUCAAAGUUUUCCCUCUACCAGUUUUCCAGAAAAAAAUUAAAAUGUAAGAGGGUGAAUUUUCCUUAAUUUCGCUUAAAUAAGUCAAUUUUCCAGAUUUUUUUAUGGAAUGAUUUUUUAUUAAAAUUUUUUUCAUGUUUGCUAUAAUGAGCUCUUUACUUUCCUCUUUUUUCAGGAAAAUUUUCACAAUUUUCCUUUUGCCAGUUUCCCAGAAAAAAAUUAAAAUGUAAGAGGGUGAAUUUUGCCUAAAAAAGUCAAUCUCCCAGAAUUUUUCUUGGAGUGAUUUUCCACUGGAAAGCUUUGAAAUUUUCCUAUAAUGAGGUCCUCACUUUUCUCUUUCUUCUGGAAAAAUUUCACAAUUUUCCCUUAGCCAGAUUUCUAGAAAAAAAUUAAAAUGUAAGAGGGUGAAUUCUCCCUAAUUUUGCUUAAAAAAGUUGGUUUUUCAAAAUUUUUACUGGAAAAUUUUGAAAUUUCCCGGAAAAUUUUCAAAAUUUUCCCUUUGCAAGUUUUCCAGAAAAAAAUUAAAAUGUAAGAAGGUGAAUUUUUUUAAAUAAUAAGUCAAUUUUUUAGAACAUAGGUAUUUGAGAUUUAAGUCAUAAAAAAAAAACAAAGAAUCACCCUUUGCCGUUUGUAUAUGAUAUUUAGGAACACCUUGUAUAAUACGCAGUUAAUUAAUUUAUAUAUUUGGGACUCCAAUGAUUUUUUAAGGGCCGGUAUUUCAAUGUUACCUUAAGAUAUAGAAUAAACAUAGACUGACAACAUUGUCUGACUUUAGUCGUCAUCGAAUGACGUCAUCGUCAUCUUAAAUAUAACAUAAAAACCCUAUAUUUUAGGGUAACUCUUGAUUUUAAGGUAAUACAUAUUGUAAAACCGGCCCUGGUUGAAAAAAUUUAUUCCAUAACAAUAUAGCAUAACAAUAAUAAUCGCGAACGUGCUCUAUGUCUUAAUCAACGACAAAUACUUUUUUCUAAAUUAUGACGUCAUCGAUGACGUAAGUGAGUACAAAAACUGCAAAAAAAAUAAUAAUUUGGUUGCACAAAUUUUUUAUGGUAGUUUUAGGUAGUGCCACUGUAGGUAGUGCUAUAGUGGGAUGCCGAAUGGGAGUGCUAAUUUUUGCUUUAGGGGUGCUUAGCACCCUCAAGCACCCCCCUAGUUGCGCCUAUGAACAGAGGUGAUGGAGCAAGAUCAGGUAAAUAGGCCAGGUACAAGGUGGAGCAAUUUAUGCUCAAUUAUAAAAAAAGCUUCAAUUUAUAAUUUCUGCUUUGAAGUCAUUCUUGGCCUGGAAUAUUUUUGAAAAAAUUCUCAAAGUUCAAAUUCCUGAAAAAAAUGGAAGUUUUGGUAAAAAAUAAUCGUAACUGAGGUAAAUAUUGACUAGCGGUUUGUGCUCAAUUAUGAAAGAAACUUCAAUUUAUAAUUGCUGCAAAUUUGAAGUCAUUCUGAAGCCUGGAACAUUUUUGGAAAAAUUCUCAAAGUUCAUAUUCCCAAAAAAUGCAAGUUUGGGUUAAAAUAAUUAAAGCUCAGAGUUUGAGGCAAAUAUUGACAAGCGGUUUGUGCUCAUUUAUGAAAGAAACUUCAAUUUAUAAUUGCUGCAAAUUUGAAGUCAUUCUGAAGCCUGGAACAUUUUUUUUAAAAAAAUCUCAAAGUUCUAAUUCCUGAAAAAAAAUGCAAGUUUUGAUUAAAAAUAAUCGUAACUCAGAAUCUGAGGCAAAAUUGCUGCAAUUUCUGAGGCCUGGAAUAUUUUGAUGAAUGGUAGUUUGAGUUCUCUUUCAUAUAAUAUGUACCUAUGUGUAAAUUUGUAAUACUGUGGAACCUAGAUAAUAGUUCCAACUACUGAUUUCUUGUAUUAGGUAAAUGUUUUUUUUUUAUUCAUGUUAUUCUGCUUAAGUUUGAUGAACGACAGUUCAAGAAAUUUAGUUGUAAUUUUUGGUUAUUACUUUUAAGUAGAAAUUCCUGUGGGGACAAAGAUUGUUUGUUGGAAUGAACCUUUUUAGUCCAAUGGAGAAAAAUUCCAUUUCAAAAUGUCUAUUUACAAUAAACUUUAUUGAUAAGAGCAACAACAGAGCUAGUCUGUUUUCGUGAUUCUUAAGUGAAAUUAAUUCCUAAUUUCACCAAAUAUUAAAAAAAAAAAAAACUUAGAAUAAAUGCCUGAGGUGUGUUUUCUAAUGGUUUGGGUAAAUUUUAGGACAUGAGAAUAGAUAAUAUCUCAUAUAUUAGUAUACAAAGAAAAACAAUUAGGUCUAAUUCAUUAGAUAAUUAUACAUUUAAAAAUAGAAUAGAAUAUAGUUAAUUAUAACUUUAGCUUAAAAUAUAUAUAAUCUGAAAUAACUAUAUUGUUAAUCGAGAUGUUUUGUCGAUAUUUAAUUACAAAAUUAUAAAUAUGAUUUUUUUAAGGACCUGAUCAAUUUUCUGACAUAAACACAGAGUAUCUGACUCUAAGCAAUAAUAAUUAUUUCCGACACAGAAAAAAAUUCACAAUUAAAGAUGAAUGAAGAAGUUAAAAUUUAGAUGUCAGAAUUAUAUAGAUAGUCUCAUUGAGUGCUUUUGAGUUCGCUCAGAGCCAAAACGAUUAACAAGAAGAAAAAUUUAGAGCAGAUUAGCAAUUAGACUAAUAUUAUUAUUAAUUUAAAUGGGAAAGGUAUUAUUAUAUAUUAUGAUUUUGGGCAUCAACAAUUUAUUGAUAAGCUAGUUAAUAAUAUAACCAUAAAUUUUUAUGUGAAUAAUUUAUUAAGUCAUCUUAUAUGGAUCACCUAUUAUUAUUGGCAAUACUAAACGUUGUUCUGUGAUUCCUAUCAAAAUUUUUGCACAUUAUAUUUGUUACCAUUUAAAAAAAAUUUGUAAAUAGUUGUAAUUUUGGUUUUUUCUUUGACACUUGUGUAGAGUUUUUUUAUUUCAAAGUUUUUGUGUUAUUCGUAACGUUACCGAAUUUCAAAAUUGUGAUAUUGAAACAUUUAAUAAAGAUAAGACCAUCAAUAUUUUUGGAUUUUUUAUUUAAAAUUCACUAGCUGCAAAAAAACAAAAACGAUAUCUGAUAAUAAAACAGUUUAAUUACUUAUUUGCUUGUCUUUGUAUAAAUUCUAUUAAAGUCCUUGUUGGUCUACCGCUCAUCCCUUUCCCCAAAUAAGGUUCUGCAUUUUCAGGUCCCAUAACUCCCGCAAUAUCUAAAUGCAACCAACUAGUUUUUUCUGGGACAAAUUCCUUGAGAAAUGCCGCUGCUGUGCAACCGCCACCACCUCUACCUUUCCCUAUAUUAUUCAAAUCAUACGCAGGAUUUUCGGCAAUUUUUUUCGUGUAACUUUUCCACAACGGCAUCCGCCAAACUCUGUCUCCAGUUUCCGUGCCAGACUUUUCCAAUAAGUUAUAAAGUUGAUUUGAAUUGGAAAAAACCCCGGUGGCGACGUCACCAAGUGCCACCAUCAUAGCACCCGUUAAAGUGGCAAUAUCCAGCACCCAUUGAGGCUUAAACUCAGCGCUAUAGCAAAGAGCGUCGGCUAAUAUCAAGCGUCCUUCGGCGUCGGUAUUGUCCACGCAAAUACUUUUACCGUUCCUAGCAUAAAUAAGGUCGCCGGGUUUAAAUGCAGAGCCCGAUGGUAAGUUUUCUACAAGUGGUAUUAGGACUUUCAGAUUUGUUGGUACAUUGAGUUUAGCCAGGCCGUAGACUGUGGCUAAAACGCAUGCGGCACCUGUCAUAUCUGCACGCAUUUGGUCCAUAUUAGCUGAAGGCUUGAUACUUAUACCGCCAGCAUCGAAUGUGACUCCUUUACCUACUAACACAUAUG